UGUAAAUAAUCACACUUUAGUAAUAAAUUGCAUUUGUAAUCAAUAUUUUAUUUUCAACCACAGCAACGAUGACGUCACUACUUGACAUCAUGAAAAAGACUGGACCCUUGCCACAGCCACUGCGGGUGUUGGUUGCUGCUGUCGCAGAGCCAUACACCUACGCCCCAGAAAAGCAACUGCUGAAACUGACACUCUGUGAUGCCACUGCCAUGUGUAAGGCAGUGGUAUUUGAUGCGAAGAAAUUCCCAAAGUUCAAGGAGAAUAGCGGUGUAGUCUUGCACAACGCAGUGUUGAACAAGGACAGGGAGGUUGUGGUGACGACCCAAACACGAGUUUUCGUGUCGGUGGCUCCAGAGGUGCCAGCUGAUCUUCUACUGUCGGCCAUAGAGGUCAUCAGGCCAACCCCUCCAGAUAUCGUCCCCAUUGAUAGAGCGAAGAGGUCCCCGGCCAAGCAGAGGACAUCUAUUCAAGGACAGAUUGUAAAUGACAGCGUUGCCACUACAGUAAUGGUGAAUGACAAAGAGGUGAAUGUGCGGACCAUUACGGUGGAGGACCGUACUGGGAAGGUGAAAGUCAGCCUGUGGCGCAACAUUGCAGCAGAGCCUGUGGUGUUGGGGGAUGUUGUUGCCAUCACCAAUAUUGUUGUCAACACCAAGAGAUAUAACGAUGAGGAAUCCCUGUCGUCAACACAAUUUACAAAGAUAGAGGUUACUGACAUGCCAAACACCGAGAUGACGGCCACCAUUCUAGGACUUGACCUGGGUGAUGUGGAAUCCCAGUUACUCACAGAACAGGACUUGCUAGCUCUUGACCUGGGUGGUGUGGAAUCAAGCUUAGUCACAGAACAGGAUGGAAUCUUCACUAAAUCGAACGAGGAUCUAGUUAUCACCUAG